AUGAGGCUCAUUGAAGCGCGAAUACUUGUUGAGACGCAAUGUAUUUCUUUUGUGGAAUUUUACGGCGACAAACCGAGAUAUGCCAUUCUUUCACAUACUUGGGAAAGUCACCAAGAGGUCACCUACCAAGAUUGUCAUCAUGAAUCGUCCAAGUUAAAAACAGGAUACGAAAAGAUUCGCAAGACCUGUGAACUAGCACUCGGCGAUGGGCUCGACUAUGUAUGGAUUGACACCUGCUGCAUCGACAAAUCCAGCAGUGCCGAAUUGACUGAAGCCAUCAACUCGAUGUUUUUAUGGUACCAGGAGGCAAGCGUCUGCUAUGUGUACCUCGUGGACAAGUUCGAGGGAUCGACACUGGGAGACUGCCGAUGGUUCAGUCGCGGCUGGACAUUGCAGGAGCUGAUAGCGCCAAAAUUCAUGACCUUUUUCAACAAUUCAUGGGAUUGCAUUGGUAGCAAGAACAGCCUCAUGAGCCAACUUACAGUUAUCACUCCAAUCGACCCUGAUAUACUUCGUCACAACGCUCCAAUUUCAUCCGCAUGCAUCGCAAAACGACUCUCUUGGGCUGCGGGUCGAAAGACGACUCGGGUGGAAGAUAUGGCAUACUGCUUGCUUGGAAUAUGCAACAUCCACAUGCCGAUGCUCUACGGAGAAGGCAAGACUGCAUUUCGACGCCUUCAAGAAGAGAUCAUCAGAUCGACCUACGAUCUGAGCCUUUUAGCCUGGACGCCACCAGUUUCAUCGGAUGUGCUGGAAGAAGAAUACUGCGGCUUUUUAGCUGAGUCGGUGAACCAUUUCGCCUCUUGCUCGGAAAUGUACUCUGUGACUGAUUCCCUCAUGGACGAGGGCGAAAUCAGCGUUUCAAAUAAGGGCCUCAGACUAAUGGCCCGAGUGUGUGUUUUGGACUACUCAGAUCAGGGUUACAGAUACGUGCUGAAGCUGGAUUGCAUGGCUCCUGGUUUCGAAGGAGACUUUUUGACAAUACCGAUGCGUAAGGUGGGGCCUAACACUUUUGUAAGAGCUCAUAGCCGCGGUGAAAGUGGCUAUUCUUUCCACCUUGAGACUGCUUCUUGGGGCGAAAGUGCAUUUUACACAGUUACCCUUCUCACUGCGAUGCCUAGUCUGACCGUACGAUCACCGUUAUCUGUGGCUAGAGGCUCGGACCUUAUCUCUUACAGUCGCUUCACGUUGGUUUCGAUAGAGCUGCCGCCGGACAUAUCAAUAAUAUACGCGGUUGAGACACCUGUCAAGUUCUGGGAUGCGGAAGACCGUGCGUUCUUCGGACCCCAUGGCUCAUACCAAAAUUGGGGUGCCUUUGUGCUCGAGACAAAUACCCUUUUCAUCUGCUUUUGGCAUAAGGAGGAUAUUGAGUGGACCUUCAAGGCAAGUCUUCUAGACAUGUCGAGACCUGAAGUCUACAAUCUAUGGAAGGACCUAUUUCUCUCUGCGGAGCAACUGGGCUAUCAGCAAAUGAUCGUUCAGUAUAUGCUGAACAACAUUGAAGAUGAAAUGGAGUCUUCUGUCGAGACUCAUUUAAAGGAUAAGAAAAUCGCACUAUCUUUCAAAGUCUGGCGCGCUGAGAGUCAGAAUCUAUGCAGCGGUCCGCGAUGGAGGGUUGUGUUCAGCAGGACAAGCUUUGUUAGAGAUAGCUCUUCUGAGUCAGAGGGGGAGUGA